UCCCCGCCGCCUCUCUCCCCCCUGUCGGAGAAGAGCCAGGCCCAGAGGGGGAGCCCGUCUCCGUCUGCCAGCCAAGUGCUGCUCCCUGGCGCUCAGAGGCUGCUCCAUCUCCAACUCACUCCCUCGCGCUGCGCUCCCUCUCUCAUUCAUUUCGCCGGCUAACAUGAGAGAUCAUGGCCGCCUUCGGGCUCCUCAGCUAUGAGCAGAGACCUCUCAAGCGCUCCCGCUUGGGGCCGCCCGACGUCUACCCGCAAGACCCCAAGCAGAAGGAGGAUGAACUUACAGCUGUGAAUGUAAAGCAAGGUUUCAGUAACCAGCCAGCCUUCUCUGGAGAUGAGCAUGGGUCUGCUAGGAAUAUUGUCAUUAACCCUUCAAAGAUUGGAGCUUAUUUUAGCAGCAUAUUAGAAGAGAAGUUAAAACUUAAUACUUUCCAGGAUACAGGAAAGAAGAAACCGCAAGUAAAUGCCAAAGACAAUUACUGGCUAGUUACUGCUCGUUCCCAGAGUGCAAUUCACAAUUGGUUUGCAGAUUUAGCAGGAAACAAACCACUGACUAUUCUGGCAAAAAAGGUCCCAAUUCUCAGUAAAAAGGAAGAUGUUUUUGCUUACUUAGCAAAAUAUUCUGUGCCGUUGCUGCGAGCAGCAUGGCUGAUCAAGAUGACAUGCGCAUACUAUUCUGCCAUUUGUGAAGCUAAAAUCAAAAAACGCCAGGCUGCUGAUCCAAAUCUUGAAUGGACUCAGAUUUCAACCAGAUACCUCCGAGAACAGCUGGCAAAGAUUGCAGAAUUUUAUCACAUGACCUCAAGCCAAGGCAGCAGCUCUGCAGCUGUGUCUCCUGAGGUGGAACAAGCCCUGAAGCAGUGGGAAUAUAAUGAAAAGCUAGCUUUCUAUAUGUUCCAGGAAGGACUGUUUGAAAGACACGAAUAUUUAACGUGGAUAUUGGAUGUCUUGGAAAAAAUAAGGCCUGCUGAUGAUGAACUUCUAAAACUCCUACUACCGCUAAUAUUGCAGUAUUCAGAAGAGUUUGUUCAGUCGGCCUACCUGUCACGUCGACUUGCUUUCUUCUGUGCCAGACGCCUCUCUUUGUUAAUAAGUGACAGUCCUAACCUCAUAGCUGCCCACUCACCUCAUAUGAUGAUUGGACCAAAUAACCCACCUCUGGCGGUUCCAAGCCCUACUACAGCCGGGCCUGUGGUCAACCCUGCACAGCUAGCGUGUUCGGAUUUCCUUUCUUGCCCACAACAUCGUCCGCUGGUUUAUGGACUCAGUUGUAUGCUGCAGACAAUAACUCUCUGUUGCCCAAGUGCCUUGGUGUGGAAUUAUUCCACAAAUGAAAGUAAAAACAUCAAUCCUGGUUCACCUUUGGAUUUACUUCAAGUUGCUCCAUCUAGUUUACCUAUGCCUGGAGGAAAUUCUGCGUUUAAUCAGCAGGUACGGGGGAAGAUUUAUGAAGUCGAACAGCAGAUAAAACAAAGAGGCUGUGCUGUGGAAGUGCGAUGGUCGUUUGACAAAUGCCAAGAAACAACUGCAGGGGUGACUAUCAGCCGCGUUUUGCACACGCUGGAGGUUCUGGAUAGACACUGCUUUGAUCGAUCAGAUUCCAGCAAUUCAAUGGAAAGUCUUUAUCAUAAGAUUUUCUGGCCAAACCAGAACAAGGAUAGCCAGGAGGUUGCAACUAAUGAUGAAGCUGUCGUAACGUUGCUUUGCGAAUGGGCCGUGAGCAGCAAAAGAGCUGGCAAGCAUAGGGCAAUGGCUGUGGCUAAAUUAUUGGAGAAGAGGCAAGCUGAAAUUGAAGUGGAACGAUGUGGUGAGGCAGAAGUUUUGGACGAAAAGGAAUCAAUUUCUUCAGCAUCCCUUGCUGGAUCCAGCCUUCCCGUUUUCCAGAAUGUCCUCCUUAGGUUUUUAGACACCCAGGCCCCCUCAUUAUCUGACCCAAACAGUGAACACGAGAAGAUGGAAUUUGUGAACCUGGUGCUGCUUUUCUGUGAAUUCAUACGGCAUGAUGUUUUCUCCCACGAUGCUUACAUGUGCACUUUAAUAUCACGCGGGGACUUAUCCUUCACUGCAGCCUCUAGGUCUCGCUCGCCAACUGGGGAAAAUAUGGAUGAACAGUAUUCCAGGGAACAAGAUGUGAAACUGGAGAUAUUUUCUCCAAUGCCUGGGGAGUCUUGUGAGAAUCUGAAUUCCAUGUCAAUGAUAGACAGAAGAAUUUCAACAAUGAGUGAAAAGUCUAUGAAGAGGGAAAAACUGAGGGAGCUGAUUUUUCCAUCAAACUACAACCUCCUUCGCCAUUUGCAAUAUGCAACACAUUUUCCUAUACCUCUGGAUGAAUCUUCAAGUCAUGAAUGUAACCAGCGCAUGAUUCUUCUUUAUGGCGUUGGCAAGGAACGUGAAGAGGCAAGGCAUCAAUUAAAGAAGAUUACCAAAGAUAUCUUGAAAAUCCUAAAUAAGAAAAGCACUACGGAAACAAGCGCUGGAGAAGAAGGGCAGAAAGUCAAAAAGAACAAACAGGAAACCUUUCCGACAUUAGAGACUGUGUUUACAAAACUGCAACAGCUUUCAUACUUCGAUCAGCAUCAAGUGACAUGUCAGAUCUCCAACAAUGUUCUGGAACAGAUUACUAGUUUUGCUUCAGGGACAUCAUAUCAUCUUCCAUUGGCUCACCACAUACAGCUUAUCUUUGAUCUAAUGGAGCCUGCUUUAAAUAUCCAUGGGCUUAUUGACUUUGCUGUUCAGCUGCUGAAUGAGCUGAGUGUGGUGGAAGCUGAGCUUCUCUUGAAGUCCUCCAGCUUGGCCGGAAGUUACACAACAGGGCUGUGUGUUUGCAUCGUGGCUGUCCUGAGGCAUUACCAUGCUUGCCUCAUUCUGAAUCCAGACCAAACUGCUCAGGUUUUUGAAGGAUUAUGUGGUGUUGUCAAACACGUCGUUAAUCCAUCAGAAUGCUCCUCCCCAGAAAGAUGUAUUUUAGCCUAUCUCUAUGAUCUCUACAUGUCCUGUAGCCAUCUCAGAAGCAAAUUUGGAGAUCUUUUCAGUAGUGCCUGCUCAAAAGUGAAGCAAACCAUCUAUAGCAAUGUUCAGCCCUCAAACUCCAACUUGUUAUGGGAUCCAGAGUUCAUGUUGGAUUUUAUUGAGAAUCCCUCAAUCCACAGCCUCAAUUAUUCAAUGUUGGGCAAGAUCUUGAGUGACAAUGCACCUAGUCGCUAUAGUUUUGUGUGUAAUGCACUGAUGAAUGUCUGCAUGGGCCACCAAGAUACAGGCAGAAUCAACGACAUUGCCAAUUUGUGUGCAGAGUUAACCGCUUGCUGCACAGUGCUAAGCUCUGAAUGGCUAGGGGUCUUGAAAGCCCUUUGCUGUUCGUCAAACCAUGUCUGGGGGUUUAAUGACCUUCUCUGCAGUGUGGAUGUGAGCGACCUAUCGUUCCAUGAUUCAUUGGCUACCUUUGUUGCAAUCCUCAUAGCCCGGCAAUGUUUUUUCCUAGAGGAUGUUGUUCAGCACGUUGCACUUCCUUCUUUACUUACAGCAGCUUGUGGAGAUCCAGAUGCUGAGCCUGGGGCAAGGAUGACGUGCAGGCUUCUGUUCCACCUCUUUCAAACACCUGAGGUUUCCCUGCUGCCUACUGGGAAAUCUUUCCCAGGAAUUCGAUCGUCUUGUGAUCGUCACCUCUUAACUGCUGCUCACAACAGCAUAGAAGUGGGUGCUGUGUUUGCUGUGCUGAAAGCAAUACUGAUGCUCGGUGAUGCGGAAAUUGGAAGCAAUAGCAUGCCCUCCUUGAAGAAGUCAGAUUACUCAGUGCGAAGAUUACUAGGUGACCUUAAUGAAGAUGAGAUAUGGGAUGCCGCCUCACAUUCUUUGAAAUCAUGUGGAAAACCUUUCUCCAUAGAAACUGCUAGUCUCAGUGAAUAUGCUAGAUAUGUGCUAAGAAGUAUAUGCCAGCAGGAGUGGGUGGGAGAACACUGCUUGAAAGAACCCGAAAGACUGUGUACUGACAAAGAUCUUAUCCUGGACCCAGUCCUUUCAAACAAGCAAGCACAAAAAUUGUUGCAGCUUAUCUGUUAUCCUCAUGGUGUUAAAGAAUGUGCAGAGGGUGACAAUCCUCAGAGACAACACAUCAAGCGCAUUCUUCAGAAUUUAGAUCAGUGGACUCUCCGCCAAUCGUGGUUGGAGCUCCAGCUGACGAUCAAACAGUGUAUGAAGGAGCCUGGUUCUGGGUCUGUGGCUGAAAUGAACAGCUUGUUGGAUAAUAUUGCAAAGGCGACGAUAGAGGUGUUUCAGCAAUCCGCUGAUCUAAACAAUAACUCUUCUAACUCUGGUAUAGGCCUCUUCAGUCCAAACUCUGUUGGAAACGCUGACACACAUAUUACGAGGCAGAACAGUAAAAAGACAUUUCUAAGUUCUUCUGAGAGGCGAGGCGCUUGGCUAGUGUCUCCCCUGAUUGCGAAGCUGCCUACCUCUGUUCAAGGCAGAGUCUUGAAAGCAGCUGGAGAAGAGCUAGAGAAAGGCCAGCAUUUGGGAUCGUCUUCAAAGAAGGAGAGAGACAGGCAGAAGCAAAAGAGCAUGUCUCUUUUGAGUCAGCAACCUUUCCUUUCUUUGGUACUUACUUGCCUUAAGGGACAGGAUGAGCAGCGAGAAGGGCUUCUAACAUCUCUACAAAAUCAAGUUAAUCAGAUAUUAAGCAACUGGAGGGAAGAAAGAUACCAGAAUGAUGUUAAAGCUAGACAGAUGAUGCAUGACGCUCUGCAACUUCGUCUUAAUUUGGUGGGUGGAAUGUUUGACACGGUGCAGAGAAGUACCCAGUGGACCACAGACUGGGCCCUUCUGCUCCUUCAAAUAAUAACAUCGGGAACCGUUGACAUGCAAACAAACAAUGAAUUGUUCACAACUGUACUUGACAUGCUGAGUGUGUUGAUCAAUGGAACCUUAGCUUCUGACCUAUCAAAUGCAACCCAGGUGGGGUCUGAAGAGAACAAAAGAGCAUACAUGAAUUUGGUGAAAAAGCUGAAAAAAGAACUGGGAGAUAAGUGUUCAGAAAGUAUUGACAAAGUUCGUCAACUUCUUCCCUUGCCUAAGCAGAUGUGCGACAUUAUUGCUUGUGAGCCUAUGGGAUCACUAAUUGAUACCAAAGGAAACAAAAUUGCUGGAUUUGACUCCAUCGAUAAGAAACAGGGGCUUCAAGUCUCAACUAAGCAGAAAGUAUCCCCGUGGGAUUUAUUUGAGGGCAAUAGAAACCCUGCUCCGCUAUCCUGGGCCUGGUUUGGAACUGUCCGUAUCGAUAGGAAAGUAAUAAAAUACGAGGAGCAGCAACACCUCCUCCUCUACCACGCCCACUCUAAACCCAAGCCACGAAGCUACUACCUCGAGCCUUUACCUCUCCCUCCUGAGGAAGAGGAGGAGGAGGAAGAGCCUGCUUCCCCUGCAUCUCAGGAACCGGAAAGGAAGUCAGCAGAGCUGUCAGAUCAGGGCAAACCUUCAGCAGACGAAGAGAAGAAGGCAAAAGGCAAAAAGCGAAAGACAAAACCAACUUCCAAACCUGAUGAUUACCCUCAGAACAAUGUAUAUAGAGUCCCUCCCAACUAUUCACCACUUUCAUCUCAAAUGAUGCACCAACCCCAGUCUGCUUUGUGGGGCUAUAAUGUUAUGGGGCAGCCCCAGCAAGCUGCUUUCUUCGUUCAGAACCAGCCUCUUCCACCAGGUGGUUCCAGAUUGGACCCUCCCAACUCCUUUGUCCCAAGCAACACAAAACAAGUGCUGUCUAACAUGCUGCAGAGGCGUUCUGGCACCAUGAUGCAGCCACCAUCAAUUCACGCAAUUGCUUCACAGCAGCAGCAACAGCAGCAGCAGCAGCAGCAACUGCUCCAGAUGAAGCUACUUCAGCAGCAGCAGCAGCAGCAACAGCAGCAGCAGCGGCUUCUAAGGCAACAAGCCCAGGGUCCGACUAUCGACCAGGCUACUAUUUUUGCUCAACAAAUCCGGCCAGCUUCUCAGCUUCCGCAAUAUCCAGGGAUACAGCAGACACAGACUAUUCCUCAUGGCUACACAAUGUAUAGCACUCAGAUGCCAUUGCAAUCACAGCAGGCCGGGGGCAUCAUCCUUUCACCUACCUACAACUCCAGGGCCUAUCAAGCAGCUCAUUUGAACCCUGCUCUGAUGGAAAGGCUACGGCAGACACAACAGCAGCCAAGUGGGUACAUUCAUCAGCAAGCAGCUGCCUAUCCUCAGCCUCUAACAGGCAAUCAGCGAUUGAGUCAUCAGCCUUUGCAGCAGAAUCCCUUGGUUGGAGGGCCACUCGAUGCUAUGCCAACCACAGCUUCCCACCCAAACCUUAACUCAGUUCAGAUGCCUCAGGAACAGAUGAGACAGAGACAGCAACAAAUUCGACAACAGAGACUCCUUCAGUUGCAGCAGCAGCAGCAGCAACAAGGACAGCAGCAGGUGCUUAGUCUCCAAGCAAUGCACCCUCAGCAACCUUUGGUAAGUGGACGUGCAAAUAAUAGGCUUUGUUCUGGGGGCUCUGUACUGUUGAACAACAUGGAAAAACAGGGUGAUGUAGCUUACUACCUUUCCUUAUCCCUGCCAUCAAUUUCUGGGAUCUUGGAGAGCAAUUUCAGGGUUGGUAAGGGAAGUCAUGCUCAGUAAGUAUAAAAAAUGAUCAGGUAUGAUGACCUUGUAUUUCCAUCUGUGGUCUGCAGGAAGGCAGAGCGAAUCACCUAGUGGAAAUUAUUGGAUUUAUAUUUAUUAAUCUAGCAUUAGUAUAAGUACCAUGAUAACUGUUUUCAAUAGUAUGCAAUGUGCUGCCUAGCUUUAGGGUGUACGAUUCUUCAACAUUUCCUUACAGCUGUGGUUUUCAGCCAGUGCUCCUUGGAACCCUGGGGUGCCUUGAAUGAUGGUCAGGGGUGCCGUGGCACUGAACUUUGUACCUCUUUCCUUCUCUCCCUCCUCUGAUGCCCUAUUGCGUCUCUGCCUCCCAAAGGCUUGCACAGCUGUUUGUUGCAGCAGCCCUAGCUACAAGCUCCCCAGGCAAAUGGUGCCUCUGGGAACCUACCUGCCUGCAGACUGUCUAGCCAGAGUGGUGCAUGCUCUAGUUAUCUCCCGCUUGGACUACUGCAAUGCACUCU